AUGAUCCAGUUACUACAUGCAAAUGGGCAGUUUAUGGGUCUUCCACACGAGGAUCCACAACAACACAUUCUAAAUUUCUUAGAGAUUAGUGAUACUUAUAUCACUAAUGGAGUCACUACAGACUAUGUGAGGCUCACACUAUUCUCGUUUUCUCUGUUGGGUGAAGAAAAGCGGUGGUUGAAGGUGGAACUAGCUAAUUCUAUUACAUCAUGUAAUGAUCUGGCAAGAAAAUCUUUGGCACGGUUCUUCCCUUUAGGCAAAACUGCAAAGAUCAGAAGUGAAAUCAUCUCCUUCAAACAGAAAUUGGGGGAAUCUUUAUAUUCAGCUUGGGAGUGGUUCAAAGGGCUGCUUAGAGAUUGUCUUCAUCACAACCAGAUAAAUGAAGUGUUAGCUCAUAACUUCAUAGAAGGGCUACAUCCAGAGACAAAUAUUGUGGUGGACGCUGUCGCGGGAGGUCAAGUGUUGGAGAAAAACUUUGAUGAAAUGUAUGCAUUAUUGAAUAAAUUCUCCAAAAGUAAUCCUGAUUGGAAAAGAGAGAUGGGCAGACACACAGUUCAAAAAUAUCUGGGGGUCCUCGAGUUAGAUGUAUUUUCUACAUUAUCAACACAAGUUGCCACAUUAUCCAACCAAGACAAUAAGAUGACCUUGGUUAUUAACAAGAAACAAGCUCAGUCAAUGCAACAGGUUCAAAUAUUUUGUGAUGUAUGUGGAGAUGGUCACAUGAGCGAUUUAUGCCCAGAUAAUCCAGAAUCUGUAUUUUUCAUGGGUAAUGCAAAUAGGGGCCAGACAAACCAGUAUGGGAACACUUACAAUCCUAAUUGGAGGAACAACCCAAACUUCUCUUGGGGUGGAAACCAAAGUGCGUGGAAUCAGUACAGGCCACAAGCUCCGCAAUAG